AUGCAUUUUUCCAUUCCAGACAUAACUGAAAUUUCUGCUAAAACCAGUAGUAAUCAACAAUCUUAUACUUUAUUUAAUAUUCAUAUCAAUGGAUUUCAUCAUUGUAGUUUACGUUAUUCUCAAUUACGUAAAUUUAAUGAAGAACUUCAACGUUUAUUACCAACAGCAAUGAUAAAUAUUGAACAAUUUCCACCAAAAAAAUUUUUUAGUUUAACAUCAAAAGAAACCGAUGAAAGACGUAUUUUACUUGAACAUUAUUUACAAUCGAUAGGACAAAAUAAAUAUAUAUUAACAUCAUCUUAUUUUAAUGAAUUUUUUUUUAAUUCACAAUUAGAAACAUUUACAAAUGAAUUACUUGAUAAUAAUCAAAAAAUAAAUUUAACAAUAUGUUUAUUAAAUAAUCAUGAAAUAAUUAUUGAAAAUUUUUCAAUUAAUAAUAAUAAAACACAUUUAUUAGAUGCAUGUGCAUUAAAAAUUCAAUUACAAAAAGAUUUUAUAUCAUUUUUUUCUUUAUAUUUAUAUGAACAAAAAGAUAAUCAUUUAAAUAUACUUCGACCAUUAUAUGAUUUUGAAUCACCAUAUAUAUCAUUAAAACAAAUUAAAAAAACUUAUGAACAUUCUUGUAUUGUAUUAAAAAAAUCUUAUUGGAAUUCUGAAUAUGAUUUAAAAUUAAUUGAUGAUCGUCGUGCACGUAAUCUUCUUUUUGUUCAAGCACAAUAUGAAAUUGAACAAAGUAAUGAUUUAUAUACAAGUAAUAUAUAUCAACAAUUAGAAAUUUUACGUGAAAAUAAUUCAUUUAAAGAUUAUUUAUUAUUAGCACGUACAUCAAAAUUUUAUGGUCAUAUUAUAAUUAAAAAAUGUUCAAUACUUUAUCCAAUAAUUGAUAUACAAAAACAAAAAGUUUCUGAAUUUUUAUUAGCUAUUGGAAAUAAUGAAAUUAUUUGUUGUUUAAAUUCAAAUGAUAAAAAGAAAAAUCAAGAUUUUAUAUUAAAAGUUACACGUAUACGAUGUUGGAAAAUAAAUUGGACUAAACAAGAUAUGAAUAUUUCAUUAGAAUAUUUAAUUAAAAAAGAUACUUUACAAUGGAUUAUUAUACAUACAGAACAAGCACCAUUAAUUAGUUCACUUUUACAAAGUAUGGUCGAUGAAAUAUUAGCAAAUAAAGGAGCUAUGACUAAUCCAACAUCAAUACCAGUUACACCACCAACAACAACAACAACUGAACAAGGUUCAUCGAAAGUUUUUAAUGGACUUGCAACAAGAACAGAAUCUGAUUUAGAACGAUUAAAUAAUAAUGAUAUAUUUGAAAAAGGUGAUGGUGAUGAUGAUUUAUAG